AUGGAUACUCUGCAGGAUAAGACGGACAUCCUCAAAGAGCUACACCGAGACCUCGCAAGGAAGUACCAACUGCAUAAGGUAGCAAUCGAGGAAACAUGGCGCUCUCUGGGAAGAAAAAAGCGGGAACAAGUUAUCAAAGCCGGAUGUGCUGAAGGCGUGGUUCUGAAGACCCCAAUGGAUCGAUCGCUCGGCGUCGUCUGCCACAUUAUACCAGAGUGGAAUCUGCGAGAUCUGGCAGAACUAGGGUCAGAUUAUUUGCUGGAUCAUUUAAAGCAUCGCGCAACCAACUCGCUCUGUGACCAGUAUGCCAGUGGCGUGCACGGUGGUCCCGGGGAUGCAGAAUUCAUUAUCAAUAGUAUGAGGGUCAAUCGGCUUCGACCUACCCACGCAUACCCGUACUCAUUCACGUAUUUUGUGAAUGAAGAAAGAUAUGGCCGAAGCUUUCGAGCAUCAGACCCUGCAUAUUAUCGAGAGAUGAUGGACAAACUAUCAGUGGGUGUUGAAGCUGGAGUAAUUGUACCCCAGUAUACCGGCGAAUUUAUUAUUGAAAGGCAGCUUAACAUGCUACAAUUGCUGAAUAUACUGGUAGGGGACAUCCUUGAGCUGCGAUCCAGCCUGAAAAAGAAACAUACCCAGCAAGAGAAGGACGAGGACACAGCACGUAUGGCUUUGAGAUCCCUUUCCAUAGACCCGAAGCCAGAAAAGCUGCCUUUGACUGAAUUGGCUUCCCGCGCUCUGGAUCACAAAACGUCCUUGGAGGAGUAUGUGGAUCUGUGCCGCACAGAGCCAACAUGUCUUGCUCCCACAGUAAAUCUCUGGUACUUUAGUCGACCUGAGCUUGUUCCCGAUGAGAAAGGUCGGGUCCUUCCUGUUAUCACAGACAAGUAUAUUAGCAUAGCGAUAUUCGAAAUGGUCCACAAUGCUGUUAUCGGUGCUGCUGUUUGGGAUUACCUUCAUCGUCUUCUUCAAACUCUUGUCGAUAACAAUAAGCAAAAUGACCGUGCCUAUCGUACCAUUAUUCUCCAGGAAAUUGCGAACAUCUCUCACUUUGAGUAUCGCCGCGUCCAGAAUUUGUUCAAGCGCUUCGUGCAAAUGGGUACUGGCUCGAAACACUUCAAACGAGUCUUUGGCGCAUACGACAAUGGCCAUUCGCGGGUCAUUAUGAAAGUCAAGCCGGACACCUUGACGAGAGUGGACCCUCAGCUUCAUUAUAUACUCAGUCUUUGUAGAGUGGAAACAGACAUCUCUCGGGCAAUUGACUGGAUUCAGAAAUUGGAUCAAUUCCAUCAGACCAGGCCGCUAGAAGAGGAUAGAAUGUGUUUAGGAGAAUUCAACAUCUUUGGGGAACUAGCCAUCAUCACCAGCUUCUUUUCUUCGUUGUCAAGGUCUCUUUCAUUGCCCCCAAUCAACUCUAAGAAAGGGCAAACGUACAUCACCAGGCUGAAAUCGUUGGGCAACGAUAUUGAAUCGCUUAAAACAAAGGUUGACUUGUUGGAAUUUGCCACCCCUAUCAAUAAUCUUUUAGAGCCAGGGAUGACGGAGGGAGCUAUAAACGUGCUGGACCAAUGUAUUGUGGAAAAUGCAGGAGCCGACUUGGCACUCCUCUAUAAAGAAUUGAAUGAGGACUGCCUCUUGGAUAUGCAGGAAAGAAAUGAGGAGCAAAAGGCAACUGCUGCACAGAAUGCAAAUACGGUGGUCGAACUCCGAAAUAAAGAAAACAUAUGUCCAGCAGUGCAGGUUGAGCAGCGAAAGGAGAAACAGAAGACCCGUCCAGCACAUUCAUCUAUUUACAGCAGCGUAGCCCCGGCUUCCCCAGCAAAUUCGAGUAUCAAACAGUUUGAGGAACAUUCAGUGUUCAAGGUGAAGUCCGCAACGUUUGAGAUAUUCACAAUAUUGCUUUUCAAGCCAGAAACUAAGAAGUCAAUCCACUGGUCUGCAUUCGUAGCAGCUAUGAGCGAUAUGAAGUUCUCCAUUCUGCCAAAAUUUGGAUCGGUCUAUACAUUCCUUCCUCCACAUGACUGCAAUGUCCAGAAAUCCUUCACGUUCCAUCGGCCUCAUGGCUCACGUAUUGAGGGAUUCGGACUUCUCUGGCUAGGACGCCGAUUGAAAAGAGUAUAUGGGUGGGAUGAGAGAUCAUUCAGCAUUGCAAAAGACAACAAAGCAUAA